AGCAGUAGGGGGAGAGAAAACUGGAGGAGGAGGAGGGAGAGGCAGGAGCCCCGCCGGCCGCCGGACUUUGCUGCUGCUGCUGCUGCUGUUGCUGCUGCGAGCCGGGCAGGCGCGGCGGCGGGCACGGGUAGCUCAGCAGAGAGGUGGCUGUACUCGAGCCCAGUCCAGGAGUCCGUGCCGUGGCGGCCCUGAGUGGCAGCCAAGGGCCAGGAGGGAAGCCUCUCCUUUCUGCCUCACGGUCGGAUGAUGGGCACCUGCUCCUUCCCACAGGCAGCACUUUCGGCCCUGCCAGGCAUUGGGGCUUGUGAGUCCUUCCUCCUGCCUCAGUGGUUCAUUCUGCCCUUCCUCGGGUGUGUUUUCUAGCAUCUCCCCAGCGAAGCCCGAGGGAUCCCUGUCGGCUGCCGGCGGCUCUUUGUCCACGUGCCAGGGCACACCAUGGGAGGUAACCUGGGCUGCCACCGCUCCAUCCCUAGGGACCCCUCAGACCUUUCUCACAGCCGCAAGUUCAGUGCUGCCUGCAACUUCAGCAACAUCCUGGUGAACCAGGAGCGGCUCAACAUCAACACGGCCACAGAGGAGGAGCUGAUGACGCUGCCUGGGGUCACCCGGCCUGUGGCCCGCAGCAUUGUGGAGUACCGCGAGUACAUCGGGGGCUUCAAGAAGGUGGAGGACCUGGCCCUGGUGAGUGGGGUUGGCGCCACCAAACUGGAGCAGGUCAAGUUCGAGAUCUGUGUGAGCAGCAAGGGCAGCUCGGCCCAGCAUUCGCCCAGUUCCCUGCGGCGGGACCCGUACUCAGAACCCCAGCAGUACCACUUGGCUACCGUGCCCCCCACCGCCAAGGUGAACAUCAACACGGCUAGCCCGGCUCAGCUUAUGAGCCUGCGGGGGGUGUCCGAGAGGGUGGCCUUGGGCAUAGUGGACUACCGCCAGGAGCACGGGCCCUUCAAGAGUGUUGAGGACCUCAUCCGACUGGAUGGCAUCAGCUCCUCCUUCCUGGAUAAGAUCCGGCCCCAGGUGUUUGCUGAGAGGUCCCGGCCACCCUCCACACAUACCAAUGGGGGCUUGAAUUUUACUGCCAAGCCCCACCCCAGCCCCACGUCCCUGAGCCUCCAGAGUGAGGACCUGGACUUCCCACCGGGAGGCCCCACCCAGCUCAUCUCCACAAGGCCGUCCACGGAGGUUUUUGUGGGGAUCCGGGAUGGCUGGCCUGUGCUGAGGGUGGCCACCUGGAACCUGCAGGCCUGUUCUAUUGAAAAGGCCAACAACCCCGGUGUGCGAGAAGUGGUGUGCAUGACCCUGCUGGAGAACAGCAUCAAGCUUUUAGCUGUGCAAGAUCUGAUUGACAGAGAAGCCCUGGAGAAGUUUUGUACGGAGCUUAACCAGCCCACCCUGCCCAACAUUCGGAAGUGGAAGGGCCCCCGUGGAUCCUGGAGAGGCGUUGUCUCCGUGAAACCCCCCAGCCAGCUCCCUCAGGGUGGGCCUUACCUGGGAUUCCUUUGGGAUACUGCUGCAGGGAUAGAGCUCAUGGAUGCUGGACUCCAGGAGGGCCCUCAGGUCAACAGCAAUGGGAAGCACUUGAACCCCAACCCCUAUGUUGCGCACUUUAAGAUUGGGGCAAAUGACCUCACACUGGUGAACCUGUGUCUGGCAGCCCCAGCCUGCCCCCCAGGGGGAGAGAAUCCUGGCAAGACGCCCAGCAACAGCCACAAAGUGUCCACCUUUGCCCAGACCCUGCAGGACAUGCUGAAAGGAGAAAAAGACUUUGUUAUACUGGGAGACUUCGGCCAAGGGCCAGACAGCAGUGACCAUGACAUCUUGAGGAAAGAGAAAUUCCACCCGCUGGUCCCUAGCAGCACCUUCACCGACAUCAGCACCAAGAAUCCUCAGGGCACAAAGUCCCUGGACAACAUUUGGAUCAGCAAAAGCCUGAAGAAGGUUUUCACAGGCCACUGGGCAGUGGUCAGAGAAGGCCUCACAAAUCCCUGGAUUCCAGAUAACUGGUCCUGGGGUGGCGUGGCGUCCAGCCACUGCCCUGUGCUGGUGGAAUUUUACACAGACAAGGACUGGAACAAGAAGGAGGGCAUCCCUCGAGGGGGCAGCGGCAUGUCCUUGGAGCAGAGCGAGUCCCACGGUAAACAUGAGCGAUGACAGUGCCUGUUCAGCAGCGGCUGGAGGGGAGAGGGCAAGUGACUCUGCCUGAGCCCACAGUGCCCGCCUCCCUCCUCUGCAUCCUCGCGGAAGGCUGCUCACCCCUGCACGUGAAGCUAUGGCUCCUCUGGGGGUACCGUGGGUGCUCCAGGCCAAACGCAGAGGGACAAACAGAUGCCCUUGGUCGCGGUUGUCGAUGGAGGCCGGCUUCCUGAGGUGGGGGCCUUGGGAGGCCCACUCCAAGGACCACCUCCAGGGCUCCUCCCCCCGCCUCAUCCCCUGGCUCCGGCCUCCCUUUCCCACGUUCCUGGACUUAGCCCUACCGAUGAACAGUUUAAUGUGGCACAUCCAGUCCCCUUGAACGCCAUCUCUGACCUGCGCCAUUCAUCCUCCACCGAUUGAUGGUCAGCCCUUCUCUGCUCCUGGGGGCCGAACAGAGCAGCAUGAAGCUGGCCAUCCUGCCGACUGUGCCUGUCCCAUGUUCUCCACGGCGUCGGGGCCACGUUGGGGGAGCCUGGCCUCCCCACCUCCUGCUCUAGCACACUGCCGGCCUCACCACUUCCUCUGCAGAAAAGUUGGCGGUCCUGGGCCCCGUCCUCACAAGCUCCCAGGCACCCCUCCCUUCUGCUCCUCCUUGGCACCAGGCGGGAAGAAAGAGGCGGCCCUCCUCCUUGCCAAGGCCAGCUCCUUUACCGGCCGGGUCCUAGGCCCCAGGGCCCACCCUGUCCUAGCAUUCCCAAGCUGACUUUCCUGUUCAUUCUGUUUCUCCUUACCUGCAGGCUCCUUGCCUCUGCCCUCCUCUCAAGCUAUCUCCCUAUAUCUCUUCCUUUCUGAGAGAGAGAGAGAGAUAGAGAGACACAGAGACAGAGAGAAGGGGAGAGGAAAGAGAGGGAGGGAAAAAGAGGAAAGCAGACAGACAGAGGCAUAGAGAAAAGAAAGGGGAGAGAGAGGAGGUGGGGAGGGGGAUAGCCAGGAUCCAGAGGGAAGCUUUCAAACAUCCUUCUUACUGAAUCCCUUGAAGUCUGACUUCUGACCCCACACCAGCCACCGCCCCCCCAAAGCUGGGCUCCUUCUAGCUGCUAAAUCCGGGGACUGUCUCUGGCCUUACUCGCCGCCCCUGCCCUCCAGCCCCCGGGCUUGUAGCAGGGCUGCGCCCCUGGCUGUCCAGGCUCCCAUCUCUUCUCAUGUAACAUCUUCGUGAUUUCAUUCACUCCCCUAGACCAAGUCCAGAUGCUGGUAGUUCCAGCCCUGACCUCUCCCGAGCUCCACCUGCAGCACCAGUCACUUGCUGGGCAUAUCCUAGGGUUCCGUAGGCAUUUUGUCUCCCUCCAAAGCCUCUUGUCAAACUCCUUUAUUUCGGAGGAGCCUGCCACUGCCCUCCCCAGCCCCGAGGUUCUAACCUGGGAGUCAUCCUUGACGCUUCCGCUCCCCUCACUCCCAGCCUUGUCCAUCCUCCACAUCUGUUUCCUCCCCUCGAUCCAGAUGCUCCUCCUCCACCCUCUCCUUUGGUCUCCCCACCUCUGAUUUCUCCUCUCUCCAGUGCUUCCCACACCGGCCACCAUCUUCCUUGGGGGGUGGUUUCCUGUUUUUCAAGCCAGCCCCAAACUCCCCCCAGAUGUGGUUCUCUGUUCUAUGUCCCGUCUGCCCUGGACUGCCCAACAUGCAACGGGACAUUCCAUCCCUGCAUCCAUGGCUGCCCCAGCAGCCUGGCACACACCCCCACCUCACCUUCAUGGCCCCACCUGGGUGCCUCUCUCUCUGGGAAGCCUCCUGGGGCUCCCCAGUCCUGUCUCCCACUUCCAAUCGGCGGCAAACAGAGAGGUUGCUGUUGAUCCGGCAGUACAGCACAAGCUCCCUGAGGGCAGGCAUCUUUGGUUCUGUAUCCCUUGCAUCCAGCACCACGUUGUGCAGAUGGUGGCACUGAAUAAACGCUUAUUGGAUUGACUUGACUUGAAAUAAACCUCAGCAGAACAAG